AAUCAGUAUCUAAUAGCUAACUAUUAGAACGAGUUAGCUAUAGAACGGCAAAAUGGCAACAAAGAUUGCUGUUUAUUGCGUCACGAUACUGGUUAUAACAUCAGCCAUAGAUGUUAAAUCUCACAUAAUAAGUGCACGAGUUGCAAGAAGCACCACCACCCGGACUUGUAGAUUGGAAUGUACCCCUACAACUACCACUACUGAAAAACCUGGCGAACCGUCAGGUACUACUGGAGGUACUUCAGGAAAUCCAGAUGGAGAUACCACUACUACUGAAUCGACGAAUCCAUCAAACCCAGUGCCAGGUAGCACCCCAGAUGGUGGUUUGGAAACCAGUGGAACCCCAGGUGGAAUUGGAACAACUCCAAAACCAACAGACCCAGAGGCUCCUGGCACCACAGAAAAGCAGACGGGCUUACCCGAAAUAACUAUACAACCAACGGACGGAGGUACAAGUGGCUCUACAGACGAUUCGGAAACCAGUGGAACCCCAGGUGGAAUUGGAACAACUCCAAAACCAACAGACCCAGAGGCUCCUGGCACCACAGAAAAGCAGACGGGCUUACCCGAAAUAACUAUACAACCAACGGACGGAGGUACAAGUGGCUCUACAGACGAUUCGGAAACCAGUGGAACCCCAGGUGGAAUUGGAACAACUCCAAAACCAACAGACCCAGAGGCUCCUGGCACCACAGAAAAGCAGACGGGCUUACCCGAAAUAACUAUACAACCAACGGGCGGAGGUACAAGUGGCUCUACAGAUGGUUCGGAAACCAGCGGAACCACAGAUGCAACUGCAACAACAAAACCAACGGAACCAGAGACAACUACAGAUGAGGGAACCAGUGAAACCUCAGAAGGACCGAGGGAACCAUCCGGCAGUACUACAGAUAGUUCGGAACCCAAUGCCACCGAAGAAGAACCUACUACCCCAGGGAAGCCUACAAGGAAGCCACUCCCCGUGUGUCCUUACAGAUGUAUCCCCUUAAGAGGUCAUCCCCAUACCUACGUUGAUAAACACAACAUAUAUUCGCACGAAGCUAAUAAAGCGCACGAGAAACACAAUCCGCACCAGCACCAAGACAAACACCACUUGAAGCACCAGGACAAGCACCACCUCAAACACGAAGACAAGCACCACCUUAAGCACCAAGAGAAGCACCACGGGAACCAGCACGAGCACCUUCAAGAAAAGCAUCACCUGAAGCACCAAGAAAAACACCACGCCAACCACAACCCUCAAGAAAAGCACCACCUAAAGCACCAAGAGAAGCACCACGCGAACCAACACGAACACCUUCAAGAGAAACAUCACCUGAAACACCAAGAAAAGCACCACGCCAACCCCAACCCUCAAGAAAAGCACCACCUAAAGCACCAAGAGAAGCACCACGCGAACCACCAGGAGCACCUUCAAGAGAAGCAUCACCUUAAGCACCAAGAGAAGCACCACGGAGCUCAUGGUAAUCCCCAGGAGAAACAGCAUAGCGCACACCAGCAUUUCCACGAAGCGGAAAAGCACCAUGGCCUUCAUGAGAAACAUGCCCCAGACGCUCAGCACUAAACAAUGACCCUGAUUACGAUAAAGGAUUUUAAAAAGGUGUGGGUUAAGAAGUAGUUAGUCGUAGAAAAAGUUGUACAUAAAUGCAUACCAUUUUUUACAUAUAUAAAUAUAUAUUUUAAUUAUUAAUAACGAG